AUGUUUUAUUACCCCACAGUGCUGAGGCGCCACACGGGAUGCUUUUCUACAAUCUGGCUCGUUGCUACAAAAGGCAUCAGAAUUACUCGCCGGGAUAUCCUAAAAGUCAACGUUAAAAGGACCUGUGAUGACAUCCUGGACUACGUGCUGGAGCAGGUCCCACCACCUGUGCCGGGUCUCCCGAAACCUCGCUUCUCCCUCUACCUCUCCUCCCAGCUCCAGUAUGGCGUCAUUGCCGUGUACCACCGUCAGUGUGUUAUUCUCCUGGAGGAACUUCAGUCCAUUAUUGGCCAGCUGCUGAAAGAGAGGAUUGGCCAGAAAAUUGAUAUGGAUGACCACAGCAGACCAGCUCCGCUCUUGCCGGAUGCUCUGUCUGUCCUGGAGGAGGCAGAAGGAGCUCUAGACCCCUUAUUCGGAGUGAUGCACAUGCAGGAAACCAUACCUAGUCCCACUGCACUGAUACAGAUGGGGCAGAAAUAUCUGCGAGAAGCGUCUCCUGAACUCUCUGAACUGACCCCUCCGAAAGACGCUCCUGCUGCUGCUGCUGCACUGGAGAGCGCAGACAUAACUGCAUCUCCAGACAGCAUCACCCUGAGAGAGUCAGAGCCUGUCUCCAUCCCGACUGCAGAGUUUGAAGGUGCAGAGCUAGCUGAUCAUCCUUCAGAUACUCUUGACUUCCUUAUGGCCCAAAUGGAUCACUUCCCAGAGGAUUUGGAGACAGCAAGAGAAGAAAUGAGGGAGACAGACAAGGAAAGAGGACAGGGGGAGCUUGCAGGAUCCAGUAUUGAGUUACAGCCCACCACUCUCUCCAGUGAAGAGGCAAUUUUGUUGCCUCAGGAAGAGCCACAACUGUCCGUGGAGAGGCCCGGACCACCUGAGGACCAGCUCACCCCCGUCCCUGAGCCUCCCCUUCCCUCACCACCAUCUUUAGCAGAGGAACGCAUCAAAAGAAAACAGAAGUUAGAGAAAGAGCCAAAACCGUCCGUGGAGAAGCCCAGACCACCUGAGGACCAGCUCACCCCAGUCCCUGAGCCUCCCCCUCCCUCACCACCAUCUUUAGCAGAGGAACGCAUCAAAAGAAGACAGAAGUUAGAGGAUGUGCCUUCCUUAGAAGUGAAGAGGCCUAGGAGGAAGAGGCAGCUGAUCUUCUUCGACCCAGAGACGCAGAUCCGUAAGGAGGUGCUGCAGCAGCAGAUCGACAACCCUCUGACUGAGACCAUGCGUCCCCUCUUCCCCCUGCCAUCUUCUCACAGGAGGCUCCCUGCUGCUGAGCUCCUCAGCAACCCCUGCACCGGUCAGUGAAACACCUUCUUGCCUGAAGAGGUGCUGUUUCUAUGGAGACAGGCUGCGAAUGUCUUGCCUCUCUCUGGCUCGGACCUGCAGGUCGGGGAGAGAGGACCCGAGUCAACCGACUCUGAGAAAGAAAGAGAGCGCGAGAUGGUUGUGAUGGCUGAGAUGGCUGAGAUGGCUGAAAUGGAUGAAAUGGAUGAAAGAGAGGAGAGACGUGAGCUCAGCCCCAAGGAGGUCCCCAGAGAUGUGUCAGAACCAGAGAUGUUUGGUAUUUCAGGCCAUGAUUCAUUGCCUCUGGAGGACACCGACCAAAGAGAGGUGUCUCAAGAGAUCUCCCCCAGGCACCCAUCAGAGAGAGAAGGGUCCACUGUAUCCAGGUCCACACUGCGGGACAUCCCAGAGGUGAUGGAGGACAUGCAGAGUAGAGUGUCAGCAGAGUCUCCUGGGUUGAUGCCAGUGUUGCCCAAGCACGAAGUGGCACCUGUGGUUUUUCAGUCUCUUCUGCCGCCAGACGCUGACCGCAGAGCUGUCAGCAAAAUUUUUCACACGCUUCUGGUGAUAUUAUCAGCCAGGAAUGUGCGUGUGGAGCAGGACCAGCCUUAUGGGGACAUCUUGAUAUUUCCUGGACCGAACUGGGAAGAGGGAGUUCUGGCUUUGUGA